UUAAUGUUGAAUAAUGCUUUGACAGUUUUUCACGGCUGUGCUGCAUAAAACCAUAUCAAUACGCAUGCGUCGGUCUCUCCGGCUCCGGUCUCAAAACACGCAUUCAAGAUGCUGAUGCCCAAGAAAAAUCGUAUAGCCAUCUACGAGCUCCUCUUCAAGGAGGGAGUGAUGGUGGCAAAAAAGGAUGUGCAUCUGGCUAAGCACCCGGAACUGGCCGAUAAGAAUGUGCCCAACCUUCACGUUAUGAAGGCCAUGCAGUCUCUGAAGUCAACUGGGUAUGUGAAGGAGCAGUUUGCCUGGCGCCACUUCUACUGGUACCUGACCAAUGAGGGCAUCCAGUACCUGAGGGACUUCCUGCAUCUGCCCCCAGAGAUUGUUCCUGCCACUCUGCGUCGCCAGAUGCGCCCUGAGACCGCCCGGCCCAGGCCUAAAGGUAUGGAGGGUGAGAGAGGCGAGAGGCCAACCAGGUUUAACCGUGAAGGAGGAGACCGAGACAACUACAGACGUUCUGUUGCACCACCUGGUGCAGACAAGAAGGCUGAAGCAGGUGCUGGUGCAGCUACUGAAUUCCAAUUCAGAGGUGGUUUUGGACGUGGCAGAGGACAGCAACCACCACAGGAGUAAAGCAGACUGUUCUUGUACAGUAUAAUAAAAGGUGAUUGGUGUAA